UGACGGUGCACAGCCUCGAGCUCUGCUGGUAAAUUGUCACGCAGUGAUGACUGUUCACAGCAGUGUUGGAGCUGUAACGCAGGUUGUGCUGUUAUCUGACGCUCAGCGGGAGAAUCUACCCUCUACGACACCAAUGGCAAAUCACAGAAUUCCAAGCUUCAUGGCAGCUGACCUGGUAAUCCAGCUGUCCUGUACACUAAAGACCAAGCCGGACCGAGGGAGUUUUGGUUUCGGGACUGUCUUCACUGACCACAUGCUGACCAUAGAGUGGAGUGAGACUGAAGGCUGGCAGGCUCCACUCAUCAAACCCUUUGGUGACCUGUCACUGCAUCCAGCCUGUUCGUCACUGCACUAUGGCAUACAGCUGUUUGAAGGGUUAAAGGCGUACCGCGGGGAUGGCGACCGACUGCGUCUAUUUAGACCAAUGCUCAACAUGAACCGCAUGGCCGCCGCUGCUAAAAGAGCUUGUCUACCUGCUUUUGAUCAGUCAGAGCUGCUGGAGUGCAUCAGGCGACUGAUAGAGAUCGACCAGGACUGGGUUCCUCGCUCAGACUCAGCCAGUCUCUACAUUAGACCGACACUUAUUAGCACUGAGCCCACUCUGGGUGUAAAGAAGCCUAGCCGUGCCUUGCUGUAUGUGAUCUUGUCUCAAGUGGGCUCUUACUUUGACAAUGAGGCAGAGGCUAUCUCCCUGUGGGCGGACCCAAAGUACACACGGGCCUGGAAAGGAGGAACAGGAGACUGCAAGAUGGGAGGGAAUUAUGGAUCUGCUCUGUUUGCUCAGUAUGAAGCAGUGGAUUAUGGGUGCCAGCAAGUGCUGUGGUUGUAUGGAGAGGACCAUCAGAUCACUGAAGCAGGAACCAUGAACAUCUUCCUGCACUGGAUCAAUGAAGACGGUGAAGAGGAGCUCGCAACUCCCCCACUGGAUGGCCUCAUUCUCCCAGGCAUAACUCGACAAAGCAUCCUGGAACUAACCAGGAAAUGGGAUGAGUUUAAGGUGACGGAGCGCUUCCUGACCAUGGGUCAGCUGUGUUCUGCUCUGAAGCAGCAGCAGGUCAAAGAAAUAUUUGGCUCUGGCACUGCCUGUGUUAUCUGCCCGAUAGGACACGUUACCUACCAGGGAAAGAGUCUGAAAAUCCCAUGUCAAGGAGAAAACUCAACGUUGACUUCACGAAUAGCAAAGGAACUAACAGAUAUACAGUAUGGCCGGACUGUCAGUGACUGGACUUUUCUGGUGUAGCAGUGACAAAGGAGCCAAGAGCACACUCAUGCAGCGGAAACACAUAUCAUACACCGACUGAGGCCAUAUUUAACUUGUAAACAAUGUGUGUGCAAUAUUUGUGUAAUCACAAAGUGAUGAAGAGGCUCGGUGGUGAACACGUCUCAGAGUUUCAGCUCCUUUUAAACUUUAAUUAAUGACAAAACACAAAUAUCCAAAAUAAUUAACAAAAGUAGGCAUAGGAGUCAAGAGUUGUCUCAUGCAAUAGUGCACAAUAACUUACAGUGUCUCAGCCACUGUUUCUACUGCAUCUUUCAGCUUUAGAUUUAAUGCAACAUAAAAAAAAAAUGAAUAAGCAACAGAGAAUUUUGUGUUGAUUGUGGCAGAGCAACUUUAAGGGGACUUUACUCCCAUAAUUUAUGUCAUAUUUAAAGUCAUAAUUUAUGGGUUUUUUCCCCCACAUUUUAGAAACAUGCAAUAUGCAUGAUUAAAUCACCUUUAGUUGAUACUUGUAUAACAACUCAUGUAUAUUUGCUGUCAUUUUGUAAGGUUUUUGGUGAUGAGGUCAGAUGAAGUCUGUGUUCUGAUACUAAUACUGACCAAUGUCAAGUAAAUCAUGCUGAUUCACAUGUGCUGGAGGGGAGAUAUGGUUGCCCUUGGAUACGUCCGCGUUAGAUGUUUCUACCUGCCUCCAGUCCUAAUAUGCUAAGAAGAAUAAGUGGUAGAAAGUGGAAGAAGUGAAAUAAUAUGAUUCCCAGAAUGUUCUAUAAUAUUGCUUUGAGAAUAUCAAAUGAGAAUAUCGCUUUAUUGAUAUACUGAGGCACUGUACAGUAUUGUCAUCAAUAGUUUUAGUUGUUGAGUUAAACUUAAAACAUUUUGUAAUCAAUGAGUUCUGUACAUUUACACAUUUAACAAAUACAAAAGAAACACAAAACUGAGACAUAAUGUGACAUAGCAAGCAAAAGAUUAAUAAAUGAUUAAUAAAAGAUUAGCACAAUAGGGAUCGUUUUCGUCACCCUUCCACAGUAUUUGUUUAUAUUUGGUUCUAUUUAAUUAACAUCUAUCGACACUGCUUUUUUUUCUAUUGACUGACUUCAAUGUAGAGUGCCAUUUCAGAUUUACUUCUGCACAGACGUGCCUAUAUUUUAACCAGCAUAACACGAUGAUCCAUGCAUACAGUGGAGUUCUAGAAAGGUGAAGGACUCAGCGUUAGGCUCCGCAGAGACACUUUCACAGAGGCAGCCUUUUCCUGUCUCACAUGUCCUGGGACUAUGUCAGACAAGAGAGCAGGAGGAUUUUUGGCUCUUUUUGAAGAUAGCUCAUUUUGGCCUCAGCUCCAUUUCUGUGUCGCGGUGGUAGUUGGCACAACUGUGUCCCACAAGUGUGCAAACACACACACACACACUGGUAAAUGGCCACUGUAAAUUCACCGCAGCGUAUACUCUAGAGUAGAUUCCUUUGCUUUUAUAUCAACAAAAUGCUCAAUUCAAUAUCAUUACUGAGCUUCACACUGCAUUAUUCAUCCACAGGGAUUUGUGAAAUUACAUUUAGUCUAAUCAGAGUGGCAUCUGCGCAGGAGAGGACACAUUGUGAGACUGUUAAACAGCUUUUAGUUGGGAAGCCAUUCCAGGAAAAGUGAAGCGCACAUUAUUGCUUCAUCGAUAUUUACUAGUGUCGAUUGGACAGAUAAUUGUCCACCCACUGUUUAUAACAAUGCACACAGUAGGUUUGAAGAGUGAUCCGACUGAAGUGAAACAAACAAGGGUUUCGCUAAAUGAUAUUAUAUUUGCAGCAGGUAGCCGAGUGUGACUGGACGAGCAGAUGAUCCAAAGAACAAAACAGCGACCAUAUAUCACGGCAGAGUAUCAUGGUGGUGUUAGACUGGAUCCUUAUAUUCUACUUUCUCCAACUGUAGAGUGAGAUAUUUUCUGGUGAACCUCAAGUGUUGAGGUAGUGGUGAGAAAAGUCAGAGCAGGUAGUUGCUCCAAGCCAGUGGCACAAGGAGUAAAAAACUGUUACUGUGAAAUACUUUUAAAAUCAUUUCACUCAAUCAGGAUUGUGUGACACCCCUUGUCAAGUUGUAUGAUUAUUGUUUGUCAUUUUGGACCCUAAUGAAAACCUUCAAUGUCAAAACUGCUCGGUGUUUUAUUGCCAUGUUUGUAUAAAGGCUUUUCUAUA